ACCAACACUCGCGAGAUUUGGACGAGUAUCCUGCUGCCUGUGGUAACGCAAGGCGGCCGCAUAUCGCGGUGGAACCGUAUUAUUUCCCCCCUUAAGUUCGUUCCGGGUGACGGGAACCUGCACUCGGAACAGCUGAAUGAGGUGGUGAGCGAACGGAGCCUGGAGGGAGGAAGAGUGCGGUAGCCCAGCAGUGAGGAAGGAAAGGCCGCCCCGUGCUGACAGGACAGGAGAGGCCUGAAGUCAUACUGUGUGUGUCAGGGGAGAGACCAAGUUCGCCUGGCACGAGGAGGGGGCACCAGCGGCCAUUGGCUACAGUGGUAUGUUGUGUAGAGACCGUUCCUCUGUGUGAGGGCCACAUCGUUGCCUUUCAUUCAGCUGAAGCCUCCUUCAUGUCCAUCAGCAGAGCUUGGAGAAGAGUCUGCGCCUACUCAUUGUAUGGAUAUUUCUCCUGCAACAUCAUUCUGUAUAUGAAGAAAGCUGGAGAAAGGACACAGCCCCCCUUUAUUACCACCAGUGAUUGUGCACCUACUCCUCAUCGCCAGUCUGUACCUGGGGAGCUGAACACUGGACAUUAGAGCUUCCUGAUACUGACAUCUAAGUUACAGUUCUGUGGCACCUCAUUGGAUAUUUAAAGGCUCAGUGGGGUCAGAAGAGAAGGGGAUAAGUAUAUAUGCUUUGGAACUGUUGGUAAAGCAUUGUCACUUAUUCAAGUCACAGCACGCAAAUUUGGUAAAGAGCCACUCAGAUCGGUUAAAUUAAAAUAUAUAUUGCAGCUGUUUUUAAGAAGAAAAGUUCUGCCGUUACACAGAUUUAUAUGGAGGGAGGCUAGUAUAGUUCCCUUUUAUCUACGGUGGCACUAUACUACCUCUGUCAGAGGAGUCGGACAUUUUUGUAGAUGUUAGAAAAACCAGGGUGAGAAACAAUUUUUUUUUUUUUUUUGCCCGUAAUUUUUAUAUUUUGUAAUAAUUGGCACAAGAUUUUUCCCAGAUCCUUCUUUUUUUUUUUUUUUUUUUUUUUGUGGGGAAUACCCCUCCCCUCCCCCUUUUCCCUUUUUUGUUCUCCGCAAAGGAAUGCCAAACCCAGCGCGGCAUGGGAACAACAGCGGAGGAUCUACGUCUAACAUGCCACAGAGCAGUGGCAGCAGCAAUAAUAAAGACCGGCUGAGGCCCAGUUCUAAACACAAGCGGCAUAAGGCCAAGCAUCUCAGAGAUUCUCCUCUUACAUCUGAGCCAGUGGCAACAAACACACUAAAGCUUGUGGAAUAUGAUGACAUAAGCUCAGACUCUGAUAGUUUCUCUGAUGAUGUUCCAACCAAAACAGAGAAACGAGAAAAUGAUGAGCGUAGGGGGGCUGAAAGAAGUGAUAAGGUACAUAGAUCGAAGCAUCGACAUCAGCAUAAACGGAUCAAGGAAAUUAUUAAAAGCAAGCAGUUGGAAAAAGAGCGUAAACCAGAAAAAAGUCAGGAAGUGGUUGUGAACAAAUUACAAAGUUCCAAAGACAGGACAUCCAGCGCAACCAAAAGGGUGGCCGAGGAGCAAGAGGAUCAUAAUCGCAGUUCAAGAAGUAGCAACAAGGAGGUUCGGACAGCUAAAGUGCAUAGGGAAAAAUCACGGCGGGAGAGGGAGCUUAAGUCUGGUCACAAGGACCGCAGCAAAAGCCACCGCAAAAGAGAUUCCUCCAAACGUUAUAAAACAUCAGACAGUCCUAAAAGAAAAGGACGUAGUCCACGAAGGAAGUAUGGGAACAGUCCAAGACAAGAAGAUAGCUAUUCUGAUGCCUCGGGUGGGCUGGACUAUGAUGGAAGUUCACAUGUUUCUUCCAACUAUAUUGAGGCUUACAAGAAAAAUCUUGAAAGUCCAAGCUACAAAGAACCUUCUGCAUACCAGAGCAAUGCUCGCUCCCCCAGCCCAUACAGCCGGAGGCAGCGCUCACUGAGUCCAUACAGAAGGAGAUCCUCAAGCUAUGAGAGGGGAAGUGGCUCCUACAGUGGUCGCUCUCCAAGCCCCUAUGGGCGUAGACGCUCCAGUAGUCCUUUUGUUUCCAAGCGCUCAGUGAGUCGGAGUCCAGUACCCAGGAAGUCUGCCAAAUCCCGAAGUCGCAGUCCUAUCUACUCAAGAAAAUCCUCCUCGUCUCGUAGUAAAAAACAAAAGUCUCAGUCCCAAAGUCGCCAUUCCAGUAUUUCACCUGCCCGCUUGCCAUUGAACUCCAGCUUGGGUGCUGAACUGAGCCGAAAGAAAAAAGAGCGGGCACUAGCUGCUGCGGCAGCUGGAAGAGACUCUAAAGGAGGUCAAGUGAUUAAAAAAGAGAUUGGAGAUGGAAGAGGGCUCCCAACAUUGGAUGCCAAAAAGGCAAACAAAAAUCUUAAGGUGGACAAGUGUGUCUCUGAUACAGAACUGUCAGUGGCAACAAAUGUAGAUGCAAAGGUAUUAUCUAGUUCCGUCAAGUCUGAGGAGAAUGAGAAGAAGCUACCUUUACCAGUGAAGGAUGUGAAACAAUCGGGAGUUAAGGAUGGUAGAGCUUCUAUUGUCAAAGAGGAGACCUUGAAACCAAUGGAGGAAGUGACAGACAAAGAGGAAGAAAAAGAUAUUCCACCUCCUUUGCCUCCUGUGCAGUCUCCUCAGCCACCUUUACCUGCUUCUUCUCCACCUCCCCAAACUCCUCCUCCUCCUCCUCUUCCUCCUUCACCAGCUGUACUUGUACAACCUCCACCUCCUCUGCCUCCUACUUUGUCAACCCUUUCUAUUUCUAUCACCGUGGCUGCCUCAGUAACAUCCUCCACCCAUACACGUUCUUCAACAGUAUCCACUCAGGCAAAUGCACAGCCUCCAGCUAUCUCUUCCACUAAGCCAGUUACAGCUGUUAAUCUUGCUAUCCCACAUAUGAAAACAUCAACACUUCCUAAUUUACCCCUGCCACCUUUACUGCCUGGAGAGGAUGACAUGGAGAGUCCCAUGGAGAUUAUCCCCUUAAAACCAGUCAAGAAAAUUAAAGAGCAGAGACCGAGGCACCUCCUGACUGACCUUCCAUUACCCCCUGAACUUCCAGGAGGAGACCCAUCCCCUCCUGAGUCUCCAGAACCCAAAGUAGUAACACCUCCACAACCACCAGUAAGGAAAAGACCAAAAAUAUGCUGCCCCCGCUAUGGUGAGAGGAAACAGACAGAAAUUGACUGGGGUAAACGCUGCGUGGAUAAGUUUGAUAUCAUUGGUAUUAUUGGUGAAGGUACAUAUGGACAAGUUUACAAAGCCAAGGACAAGGAUACAGGAGAACUUGUGGCCUUAAAGAAAGUGCGUCUAGAUAACGAAAAGGAGGGCUUCCCUAUUACUGCUAUCCGGGAGAUAAAAAUCCUUCGACAGCUCAUCCAUCGCAGUGUUGUCAAUAUGAAGGAGAUUGUUACUGACAAGCAAGAUGCACUGGACUUUAAGAAAGACAGAGGUGCCUUUUACUUGGUGUUUGAAUACAUGGACCAUGACCUGAUGGGUCUCCUAGAGUCUGGGCUGGUGCAGUUUUCAGAAGACCACAUAAAGUCAUUUAUGAAACAACUUAUGGAAGGACUAGAUUACUGUCACAAGAAGAAUUUCCUGCACAGAGACAUCAAGUGUUCCAAUAUCCUGCUGAAUAACAGUGGGCAGAUCAAGCUGGCAGAUUUUGGACUGGCAAGGUUAUACAACUCAGAAGAAAGUCGUCCAUACACAAAUAAGGUGAUAACACUGUGGUAUCGACCUCCAGAGCUGUUACUAGGGGAGGAAAGGUAUACCCCUGCCAUAGAUGUGUGGAGUUGUGGGUGUAUUCUUGGUGAACUCUUUACAAAGAAACCAAUAUUCCAGGCUAAUCAGGAGCUGGCUCAACUAGAAUUGAUUAGCCGUCUUUGUGGGAGUCCUUGUCCUGCUGUCUGGCCAGAUGUUAUCAAAUUACCAUAUUUCAACACCAUGAAACCGAAGAAGCAGUAUAGAAGGCGAUUGCGGGAAGAAUUCUCCUACAUUCCAACUCCUGCUUUGGAUCUCCUAGACCACAUGCUAACCCUGGAUCCCAACAAGCGUUGCACUGCAGAACUGGCUCUUCUGAGUGACUUCCUGAAGGAUAUAGAUGUGAGCAAGAUGCCUCCUCCAGACCUACCCCACUGGCAGGACUGCCAUGAGUUAUGGAGCAAGAAGCGCAGAAGACAGCGGCAAAGUGGCAUUAUACUUGAAGAGCCACCUGCCAUCAAAGCUCCAAGAAAAGAAAGUAUAGCAGAAGUUGGCACAGAAACUGUCAAAAACAGCAGCCCAGCCCCUUCUCAGCCUGUCAAAACAGAACCUAUUAUAGCUGACUUGGCUGCCUUGGGGGAUAUCACACAGCAGCUUAAUCAAAGUGAGCUUGCUAUCCUGCUGAACCUUCUCCAAAGUCAGACAGAUCUCAAUGUCACCCAGAUAUCUCAGCUUUUGAAUGUUCAGGGUAACCCAGACAUACAACAACAACUGGAGGCCCUUAACCAGUCUAUCACUGCAUUAGCCAGUUCUACAGCUGUGACAUCAGAAAUGGAAGACUCUAAAGAAAUUCCAGCCCCAGAGCAAACCGAAUCAGAAGGCCUUGGAACUCAGGGAGACAUGCAGAAUGUUUUGGCUGUUCUGUUGAGCCAGCUCAUCAAACCACAGGAAGCAAAAGAGUCCACAGGAGAAAGCAAUGGAGAGCAGACUGCAAAUAAUCCUCCUGUGCAGCUAAACCCUAAUGAAGAGGAGGAGGAAGAAUGUGCAGUGUUGGAGGAGGAUGACGCAGGUAAUUCGUUGUCACCCACAGUCACCCAUCUCUUCCUCACUGCAUAUGCAGUCAAAGGAAGUAACCUUUCUCCUGCUUGUCAACCUUGUAUCCUUCCACCAGAAAAAAGACCCCCAGAGCCUCCUGGGCCACCACCUCCUCCACCAUCUCUUUCCAAGGACCGUGCUACUGACUCAGAGCCAGUGGGGACAACUUCCGUAAUGCAACUUUUUUCAGAAGUAGAGCCUGCUGCCAUGAAGGUUUGUAGAGAGAACCAAGGAUUGAGUUCGGACUUUACUCGAAAUCUGCCCCCCAGGACUUACAGCUCAGAAGGGCCAGAAGACAGAGACUCAGUGCAAAUGCUUGGGGAGCAGUCCCCUCAAUCGAUAGAGAAAAGCCGGACAUUUCCAGUACAGCUGGGAGAAACAAGUGGUUACCAGGGAACAGGGUCUCUGCAAUUUCCAGGGGAUCAAGACCUCAGGUUUACAAGGGUCCCUCUGGGGAUGCACUCUGGCACAGUGGCCACACAUGGACAAUUAGAGGUGACCAGUAACAGCUCUCAUCUUUACCAAGAGGCCAAAAUCCCCAGCUACAGUGAUUUGGGGUCAGGGACUGCCGCAACAACAAACCAGACUUGGGUUGCCCCACCCGAAGCAUUCAACAAGACAUACAGAGCACCUACACGUGCGACUCCAAGGGGAGGGCAAGGAAGAGGAGUCCCUUAUUGAGUUUGUUAUACUGUUCUUUAACUGCCUUUCCUGGCCUCUUUUUAAAUGCGGUGACUGACUAGACAUGGCCAGCUAUGGCAGCUGCGGUGGAUAUAAACCCAGAGAGCCUUGAAAAUUGGUUGGGUUUUUGAAGAAGGGAAGUUUGAGAGAAGGAUACUAAAAUGGUCAAUUGCUGCUUCAUGAAUGUGUUUGGGACACUUGUACCCUGUGAUCUAGAGUUUUCCCUCCUAUUCAUUGUUCAUUUCCAAGUUUUAGUCGCUUGGGCAAGUGACGGUUCUUCAGAAAUGGCAAGCACCAUCAUUCUCAGAUGGUUGAAAGGUGGGCUACAUAAUGCCGGUGUUAAGUGUUCAAAAUUACCCCAUCUGCUACCAAAGGGCUCACAAUGCUAUUCUGUAUUGUAGGUCUAUUUGGAAAUGUAUCUAAUUAUGUGGUACCCCUCAGGAAACUAAUAAGAGAGACCCACAUGAAUGCAAAUGCAGCUGGCUGUGUACAGUUUUUUUUAAGAGAUUUGUUUUUCUCUUGUGUCAUUAACUGCUGGAUUGUACAUGCAAUUUCUCACUUUUUUCCUCUAAACUGAUUUUGUUUUGUUUUACUUCACACCUUCUGGAGCACAUAAUGCUCUUAAAGGAAAUUCCAAGGAAAAGACAAUGUCGGUGAACAAAUAUUGUUAUGCCCUAUUACGUUUAUAUAAAUAUAUACUUUUUUAAGUUGUAUUUUUAGGGCAAAUUUAGGCCUCCAUUACACAAACUCCUGUCUUUGUUUUUCUCCCGGUUGUGUUCGCUGACUCUGUGAAAAAAAAUAUUUUUUUUUAAAGUUGUUGAAGGGCCUAGACAAAUAAACAAGAAUUACAAAGUAU